AUGAAGAUCAUCCACACAACGUAUAACGAAGUGCGCGGCGGGAUAUCCACACCACCUCAUUCCACGCCUCGUCCUAUAUCUCGCAACGACCCGGAAUUCCUGACCACCGCACCCGCAUCCGGCUUCAGAGCCACCGCGCCUCAAAGACCUAGCUCUCCCAUUUCCACCAAAACCAAUCCUCUAUGCAGUACUACCCGCCGCAUAAAAAGAUAUUUCAAACUCCACGUAAGAUCUCGGACACGACCUUCUAGUCAACGUUUUUCCCGCUCGAGAUAUGGAACUAGUGUUCGCUAUCCACCGGGAAAAAUGCAUCCACCGACUGUUCCGACACAGGUUGGGAAAUACCACUCGGGGAGUGUGAGGGGGAGUUUUGCUUCGCGCGAGGAAAUAGAAGAUGUGUUUGCUGUGGUGGGAAGUCAGGGGCAUGAGAGGGGUUUGGAACAGAGGUAUAAGCAUGCUAAGGGGAAGAAGAGAUCGAGUUAUUUGAAGCCGAGGGAGGAAGUGGGUGGAAGGAUAAGUGGUGGGCAUUGGAGUGGUGAACAGGGGCUUGGAGGAUUGGAUUUCGAGGCGUAUAUGAAACAGCAACAGGGGUUGGAGAGAGAUUUCGGAAAGGGAUAUAAUGGGGGAAAUAAUUCCCCAAGUCCGCCGGAUAGUCCCCAGAAAAGUAAUAGUCCGCCGAGAGAUAUUAGUCCGCCGAAAUUUGUGGCGAGGGAAGAUGCAGGAGAUUCGCGAAAAAUGAGAGAGGGUCAGACUUUUGCUCAUGUCCGCCACGUGCGUAUCCACGAGCUGAUUCUUCGCGUACAACUUCGCCGCGUACGAGACCGAAUUAUUCGUCAACGCCAAUUUCGAGUGCCCGUUGGGCAUACUAAGGAGAUGGAGGCUAGAAAUAUGAGUCAAGGGGAGGGUGUGAGGUUUUCGAAUGUGCAGUGGAGUAGUGUUGGAAGCGGGGGUAGCGCAACCGGGACGACGGGGACGACGGAUAGUGGAAUUCAUGCGGAAACUUCGAGGGAAAGAAGUGCAGGGUUGGAAAUGGGAAAACAUAAGGCUGCGCCUGGACAGAGGAGAUUGAGAAGAAAGGCCAAGUUUGAGGAAAGAGAUCAGAGCCCUGCGAUUACGCCUGCUAGUUCUCGCUCGCAGACUACCGGUAAAGACGAGGUUGUAAGUGCCCACGAGAGAAGAGAAAAGGAGGUACAAAGAGAAAGUCAAGAGGAAGUGACAACAAUGCAACAACUAGAAAUUAUGAGAAGGGCGAUGUGGAACGGAAAGUUGGAGAGAGUUGUACCGCCCAGCAAAGAAGUACCCAAACACACCGACGUUCUACAUCCUUCGACUCCGACUCCGACAUCCACUUCCAGCGGCAAAAGCAGGAGUAGUAAGGGAAAAGGAAAGGGAAAAAUGGUAGAAAGAGGAGCGAGCCCGAUUCAGAAAUUGAAAGGGUAUAUGGGACAUGGGGUAGAGGUUGUACAUGAUUCUUUUGAGAAGAAAACGAAUUCGAAAACGAAGUUACCGAGUCCAUUUGAAUAUUUGUUGUAUCCGAGUUAUGAAGGGAAGAGAGGCGAUAGAAGUAGUGCGGGGUCGAGGAAGAAAUCAAAGGCGAAGGAUAGGGGUAAAGAGGAGGAAGAUAGUGAUGAGGAAUUUUGGGGGUGCAUAGGCGAUGAAAAUCAUGAGAGUGGGAAUUUAAGCGCGCCUCAUCCGGGGGAGAGAGUCGAAGAAAAUCUUUUAGCACGUGGAGUAGGACCAGAAACUGCGAGGAAAGGAAGCAGUGGAGACGAAGUAUGGAAUAAAAGUUGGGAAAAUAGCUGUAAACUCUGUCGCAAACGCGGAGCGAGCGGUCAUAGCGGUCUUUGCCAUGCAUGCGAAGGGAAUGUCUUGAAUACCACAGCAUGGGAGGAACAUACUCCUCAUUUUAGGGAUGUUGGUGAUAUUCGUCCCACGCCACCACUUAAAGAUCACCAACAUAUUGCCCACAUGCGCGAUAUGCUUGCUACUACGCCUCCUCCCUAUAACAAUACUAAUUAUCGGCCUCCACUUUCGGCUAAAGAUUACCAAGCCCCUGCAAAGGAUUUAAUCCAGGUCUCUAAAGUUGAAAAUAGUCGACCGCAAAUCGUAAAUCCGUCACCCGUCAGACAGGAGAGUCAAAGACUUGUACAUGGAGGUAUGGGCGAUAGUCCCCGGGAUAUCGAAAUAGGGUUUCUGGAGUGGCAGACUCAUUCGUUGGAGAUAGAGGGGAAGAAGACGGAACAGAUGUUUAGGAGGUGGUCGGAGACUUAUAGGGUUGAAGCGGAGGAGGCGGGCGAGGGAAGUGAUGUUAGAGAGGAUGAGGAGGAACGUGUUAUGCCGAGGGAUAGCAUUUUUUAUGAUUUUUGGGGGGAUAUCUUGAAGGGGGAUGGGAAGCCUGACACGCCGAAGUUGGACGAUAGAAGGACGAGGGAAUAG